GAGCCCCGCAGGCUAGCCGUCGGCAGAUCGUUGUGCCUUUCUUGAAUUCGUUAAGCUUGUCCUCUUUUCCGUGAUCAAAAGAAGCAGCUACUAUAACAAGGCUUUGAUAUGCAACAGAAAUAAUGGAGGAGGUACAAGGUGCCUACUGCCUAGCUCUAACCAACAAAAGAGGCCAUUGAAUGACCCAUCUAAAUCAACACAUGUUUUCCUCAUGGGGGACUUCCAAAGUCAACACAUGUUUUCCUGUUUUUAUAUCGUAUGGUAUUCAUUUUUCUGUUUUGUAGAUUAAUGGAGUUAGGAGGUGAAAUGUUGAAGGGUUUUUGCUGGACUACUCAAGUUGGCUAUCUUUUGGUUCUGCUACUAUGGCAUAUUUUGCACUUUAUCGUGAGCAUAUGGUACUUUGCUCUGAGUACAGCUCAAGUGCUUGAAAGCUACCUCAUUUCUAGUGGUCUAUUGAAGAGGUACAAAGCCCUUAACUUUGAUACACUCAAGUACCUGGCAAUUGUUGUGGACAGUGAAGAAGCUCACCAGAUUUCAAAAGUUACUGAACUGUUGCAGUGGUUAGCGAUCGCUGGAGUGAAGAACGUUUGCCUAUAUGACACUGAAGGAUUGCUGAAGAGUUCCAAGAAAGUCAUCUUGGAGAGAUUGUCGGUCGCCAGAGUGCACGCGGAAGUUAUUGCAGAUGUUCCACUAUGCAACCCGAAACGUAUAACCGUGGAGUUUGCUUCCUACUCUGAUGGGAAGGAAGCAGUGGCCAAAGCUGCUAAUUUACUUUUUGCAAAGUACAUUUCUGAUGGGGAUCAAAAGGACCAAAUCUUUACAGAAUCGCGGCUAACUGAGGCACUAAAAGCCGUCGGUUGUGGAAGCCCAGAUCCUGAUCUCCUAUUGGUGUAUGGGCCGGCAAGAUGCCACAUGGGCUUCUCGUCAUGCCGAAUUCGGUACACUGAGAUUAUACAUAUGGGACCAUUGAAAUCCGUGAAACAUGGUUCCUUGAUAAAAGCUAUCCGGAAGUUCAUGAUGGUGCGCCAGAACUACGGUAAGUGAGGAAAUGCAUUUGGAGGGCUCUGGCAUUGCAAAUUUGCAACAAGUGGUAGAAGUAAGGGUUAUGGGAAAGGAUCCUGCUCCGCUUCAUGUCAAGAAGACGAUCUCGAUCAAUUUCUAGAUGAGAUUCUGGAUGAUGAAAAUCCAGCAUAAAACCUAGUUCCGCUAGAUUUGGAGUUUACUUCUCUGUCUCUGUUUAUUGAAUCUUUAUUAAAGUUCGACAAAACGUAAUUAAUAAGGAUAAGCGAUCCCAUUGAACUACUAAAGCAGUCAUCCCACAUCCUACUGUAUGUCCGGGUUUAGACAGCUGUUGGAUUGCAUCGUGCAUUGUAACAUAUGAAUAAUAGAGAAAGUCUGUGGAAGGAAGAUUGGUGAUUCAUAUAACUUAAUGGGAAAUGCCCCGAAUAAAUCCAGGAUCCUCUUCAUUCCA